AUGUUACGAGACAUAACUGAUUCAAGAUUACCAUUUGGUAGAAAAAUUAUCGUAUUCGGUGGAGAUUUUCGUCAAGUCUUACCAGUGAUUCGUAAAGGCACAAGACAAGAAGAAGUUAAUGCCAGUUUAGCAUCGUCAUAUUUGUGGUCCACUUUAACUAAGAUUAGUUUAAGUGAAAAUAUGCGAGCAAGAUUCGAUCCAAACUUCUCAAAUUAUUUACUUCAGGUCGGAAAUGGAACAACACCAAUCACAAUUGAGAAUAAGAUCAAAAUUCUCAGUGAAAUGCUCAUUCCUUACAAAAAUGAUGUGGAGUCUUUAGAUGAUCUGAUCGAUGCAGUCUUCCAGGAUAUUGGAAGUUAUUCAGAAAAUUUAUCCGAAAUGACAAAUCGAGCUAUAUUGACACCAAAGAACAACUCCGUCGAUGAGAUAAAUACAAUACUUAUUCAAAGAUUUCCUGGUACAGUUACACAAUACUAUAGCUUCGAUGAAACGAUUGAUACAUCAGAACAAGGCAUCAUGGAGGAUUUCUUAAACACAUUAACACCAAAUGGACUUCCACCCCAUGAAUUAUUACUAAAAAAAAAUUGUCCUAUCAUGUUACUCAGAAAUGUCAAUCCUUCAGAAGGUUUAUGCAAUGGAACACGUCUUAUUUGUCGCAACUUUGAACGAAAUAUCAUUGAUGCUGAAAUUGCAGUUGGUCACCACACCGGAAAAAGAGUUUUCAUAUCAAGAAUUCCUUUCUUGCCAAAUGCAGACGAUAAUAGUGGUUUUCCAUUCAAAAGAACACAAUUUCCUAUCAGAUUAAGUUUUGCGAUGACAAUAAAUAAAGUACAAGGGCAGACAUUAGAUUUUGUUGGUGUAUACUUGCCUCAACCUGUAUUUUGUCAUGGCCAACUAUAUGUAGCAUUGUCAAGAGCCAAAACUUCUGUUUCAGUAAAAGUUCUUAUAAGACCAGUAUCAACUCAUGAUUGUGAAGAAGCUGAAACAAAUAAUAUUGUUUAUAGAGAAUUACUAACACUAGCAUAUCCAUCAUAA